AUGCUCUGUAAUGCCCAUGUGCCUUGUGUCUUACAGAAAUUUAAAGAAUAUGUGAACGGCAGUAACCUCAUCACUAAGCUACAGGCCAAGCAUGACUUGCUCAAGCAGACCCUGGGUGAAGGAGAGAGAGCAGAAUGUGGCACAACCAGGCCCCCCUGUCUUCCCCCUAAACCACAGAAAAUGAGGAGACCUAGGCCUCUCUCAGUGUGUAGCCAUAAACUAUUUAACGGCUGUAUGGAAGCGUUUAUUAAGGAUUCAGGACAAGCUAUACCGCUUGUAGUCGAGAGCUGCAUCCGGUACAUCAAUUUAUACGGACUCCAGCAGCAAGGGAUCUUCCGAGUACCAGGAUCUCAGGUCGAAGUCAAUGACAUAAAAAAUUCCUUUGAGAGAGGCGAAGACCCCCUUGUGGAUGAUCAAAAUGAACGAGAUAUCAAUUCAGUCGCUGGUGUUUUAAAACUGUAUUUCCGAGGACUGGAAAACCCACUCUUUCCUAAGGAAAGGUUUCAAGAUUUGAUAUCUACUAUUAAACUGGAGAGCCCAGCUGAGAGGGUGCACCAGAUCCAGCAAAUCCUCAUCACCCUUCCCCGAGUGGUCAUCGUGGUCAUGAGAUACCUCUUUGCUUUCCUCAACCACCUCUCGCAGUAUAGCGACGAGAACAUGAUGGAUCCCUACAACCUGGCCAUCUGCUUCGGGCCCACCCUCAUGCACAUCCCUGAUGGGCAGGACCCUGUGUCCUGCCAGGCACACGUCAAUGAAGUCAUCAAAACCAUCAUCAUCCAUCAUGAAGCCAUCUUCCCCAGCCCCCGGGAGCUAGAGGGACCUGUGUAUGAAAAAUGCAUGGCUGGAGGGGAAGAAUAUUGCAUGGGGAACAGAUCUGAGCUAGAACCUGGUGUCCUGAGCCCCCAGCCCACCCUGUUUCCACCGGCCUGCUGUCUGUGCUGCCCCUGCGGAAGCCAAGGCCAUCUGAGCAAGGCUCCUGGCUGCCAUCCUACUCACUUCAUGGCUGUUCUUUCCCUUGCUUUCCUUCUAGAAGUGGAGCAGAUCGAGGCCAUCGCCAAGUUUGACUAUGUGGGGCGGUCCCCACGUGAGCUGUCCUUCAAGAAGGGGGCCUCGCUGCUUCUGUACCACCGCGCCUCAGAGGAUUGGUGGGAGGGUCGUCACAAUGGUGUGGACGGACUCAUCCCACAUCAGUACAUAGUCGUACAGGACAUGGAUGAUGCCUUCUCCGACAGCCUGAGCCAGAAGGCUGACAGCGAGGCCAGCAGUGGGCCACUGCUGGAUGACAAGGCCUCCUCCAAAAACGACCUCCAGUCGCCCACGGAGCACAUCUCGGAUUACGGCUUUGGGGGGGUGAUGGGCCGAGUGCGGUUACGAUCUGACGGAGCGGCCAUCCCCAGGCGCCGAAGCGGGGGCGACACCCACAGCCCACCCCGGGGCCUGGGCCCCAGCAUAGACACGCCGCCCCGGGCCGCCGCCUGCCCCAGCAGCCCCCACAAAAUCCCCCUCACCCGGGGGAGGAUCGAGAGCCCUGAGAAGCGGAGGAUGGCGACAUUUGGGAGUGCCGGCAGCAUCAACUACCCUGACAAGAAGGCUCUCUCGGAAGGGCACUCGAUGAGGUCAACAUGCGGCUCCACCAGGCACAGCAGCCUGGGGGACCACAAGUCCCUGGAGGCUGAGGCCCUGGCAGAAGACAUCGAGAAGACCAUGAGCACGGCUCUGCACGAGUUGCGGGAACUCGAGAGACAGAACACGGUCAAGCAGGCGCCAGAUGUGGUGCUGGACACCCUGGAGCCCCUGAAGAACCCGCCGGGCCCCAUCAGCUCCGAGCCCGCCAGCCCCCUGCACACCAUCGUCAUCCGCGACCCGGACGCCGCCAUGCGCCGCAGUAGCAGCUCGUCCACCGAGAUGAUGACCACGUUCAAGCCUGCCCUGUCGGCGCGUCUGGCCGGCGCGCAGCUGCGCCCGCCCCCCAUGCGGCCCGUGCGGCCGGUGGUGCAGCAUCGCUCCAGCAGCAGCAGCAGCUCGGGCGUGGGCAGCCCGGCCGUGACGCCCACCGAGAAGAUGUUCCCCAACAGCUCCGCGGACAAGUCGGGCACCAUGUGACCUACAGCACGGGGCGGCGCCGCCACGGCUGAGGGGGGCCUCUGUGACCUCCGCGGCCUUGCCACGGGCUCCUGGCCUUGGCGGGCAGGGACCAGAAGGUCGCCUGGAAGCGCGUCUGUGCAGCGCAGAGGCCCGGGCGCUGGCCGCAGCUGGUAUUCAGCCAUGUGAAUCCCACAGACCUCCCGUGUGCGAGCAGG